CAAAUCACUGAACAUGAUCAAAUUUCUAGCUAAUUUAUUCAUGCAUUUAGCAAAUUUGGGGACUCAAUUUAUCCCAGUUUGACAAUGUUUACUACAUUCUUUCUAGUGCAAAUAGUGGUUGUCUAUGAAUGCUUUUCAGCCUAUGCGAAGUUUGCUUCCAGGGCCAUUACUCAGUUCUUUGCUUGAGAAUUCUAAUCGCAAGGAAUCCGUGGUGCCCACAUCGUUAUAGAUGGAGCAGGAAAAAUCUUCCAGAGGAGAUCAAGGAAUAUAAAGUUCAAGUAAUGUUAAUUGUCAUGACUGUGAGGCCUAAGGAUGCCAAGGAAUUGCAGGGGCAUGUGCUGAAUCCAGAUGCCAUUGCCCAGAUGUACUUGGAGCUGCACAUCCAGGACAACCCAAGAGCUGGAUCUCAGAUCCUUUUCUCGGUGGUUUUGAGCCAAUUCAUCAAAGGCCCUUUAUAAGCUAUGACUGACCUUGGAGCCUUUCCAGAGAGGUUUUGAGGCACUUGAUCUCUAAGGCAUUUUAUUUGUAAUGAUUCCAUCCAUUUUAGAAGAAACUUGAUUGUUGUUGAGGGUAGAUAUGAAUAUUGGAGUGAACUUGCAUAGCAGGAUAGCUUGACUUUGAAGAAAUCAGUGUGGCCUCCAUCAAGGUGGAGUAGUUUUUACAAUUUUAAGUAUAUGAUCUAAUAAGAUCUGAGAUGUCACAGCUCUCAACAGUGUUUGCCUAUUCUUUAUUCAAACCUUGUGAAGGUAGAGUUGCAAGUCUCCUUAUGUAUGUCACUGAUGAGAAAACUAUUUAGUUUGCAUCAAUGAUUGGAAUA